AGUGUGUUCACAAUAACUGUUGUGUAAAACGGCUCAACAGCUGAUCGAUUGUCAACUUCGCCCGCGUUUUGGGCUAAUUGUGUUGAAUUAGCCCUCAUUUGCAUUCAUAUGUAUAUAACAUACCAUUAAUUUCACGACAAUUAUGUUAAACAUUGAAACCCAUUCGCAAUCAUCUCAUCUAUAGUUUGAAACCAGUGUUGAAUGCAUUGCAAUGUUUGCAAAACAAUAAACACAUUUCGAGACACACUUUCCCUCAUUAAUUGCACACAUUUUUGUGUUAUACAGUCUAUGAGAUAGUCUUCAACAAUGAACACAUCCCUGUCGUCAAUGGCCUCCCUGUCCAUCGACUCACUCACACCGAACCCUCACUGGCGUCACAGCACUCGGCGGUCACCGCUUCCGACCCUGAGUUGGGCCGACGGCGGAGAGGUUUGGGAUCUGAUGGUCCGUAAGGAUGAGGUGUAUCAGCGCAACGCUCUGAUGCUUCACAGACACCCAACUCUUCAGUCCAGAAUGAGAUCCAUUCUCAUGGAUUGGUUGAGCGAAGUGUGCGAAGUAUAUCGUCUCAAUCGCGACACAUACUAUCUGUGCAUCGAUUUCAUCGACCGCUACCUUUCCUAUCAGUCAGAUGUGCCCAAACAACAGCUCCAACUGUUGGGCAUUACAUGUCUGUUCAUAGCGGCGAAGAUCGAGGAGAUCUAUCCGCCGAAGAUGAGUGAAUUCGCGUACGUGACGGACGGCGCGUGCGAGGAAUCGGAAAUCACGUGCAAAGAACUGGUCAUUCUUAAGGCCCUGAAGUGGGAGUUGUGUCCAAUGACGGCCAACAAUUGGCUCACAGUAUAUCUCCAACUCUAUGCCUCUCACGACAAGGAGAACACACUUCUCCGACGGGACGGCAACGCCUUUCUUAUACCCAAAUACGAGUCAACACUUUUCGCACGAAUUGCACAUCUGGUCGACCUCUGCAUUCUCGACAUCGGGUCUCUCACCUACUCUUAUUCGGUGAUCGCCGCCUCAGCUCUCUAUCACUUCACUCACGAGGAUAUUGUGGUCCAAUGCACCGGCAUUCAAAUGUCAGAACUCCGGGAAUGCAUUGUUUGGAUGAUUCCGUUCGCUCUCGCAAUCAAAGACGAGGGCUUUGAUAGUCCGCGGUUUGAGCACAAACUCAAUGAAGACUCACAGCCCUAUCACAACAUUCAGUACCAUAACGUCGAUCUCCAACUUUUGGAAAAAGCAUAUUUAAAGCAAACAGAGUCUCAAAGCGAUGAUAGCGAAGAGUCAGUUUCGCCAAUUAGUAGUCCAGUGGCCAAAAGGCCCCGAAGGCCGGCCAUUUUGACGCCACCAAAGAGCAGUUCAAAGCAAUCGAAACGCCGCAGAAAAAGCACAAGGAGUUCAAAGUAAUUGCAAUGAUUUGUACGAAACGAUUGAAAACUGUAAUCAAAUUCUAAGUUAUCAUUAAUUUGUCGCCAAACGUUGGCCUAAUAUUUAUACUGAAAAAUCGCUGUUAAAGCCGUUAUUCUCUAGUCUUUUAUCAAAUGUUAUACUUGUCUAUCAAUUUGGUGUCGGUUUUUGUCUCUCAAGACAAUACUAUAUAUCCGCCACAAUGUCUAUCAGUUUAUUGACUAUCGAUUUCAACAUCAGUUUUAUGAGCUUUUUAUCGUUUAUUUUAAACCUAAUUUUGACCGAAACUGCCAUUUAAUGCUUCAAACAUAUCAAAUACAACUCAGACUAUAGGUUAUGGUUUUACAAGAAUUUUAAUUCAAUUUUGGGUCCAAU